AUGGCCCCCCACCCCCUGCUCGGGCCCCAGUACUGCUGGGACCCUGCUGUCCCUGUACACUGGGACCCCCUGCGCAUCAAGAGCAUCUUUAAGGAUGAGACCACCACGAACCUGAUCAUGGAGCCGAUCACUGAGGAGCUGGUGUGGUCACCUGAGCGGGGAGGGGGGGGGGGGCAGGUGUCCUCACUGCAAAAUAAAGGGGGGGAAAGGGGCAGCAAGGUCAAGAACAAUGGAGGAGGAGGGCUGGCUGCUCUAAUUCGGGGGUGUGGCUGGGACGGGGAGGACGCCUGGGGAAUCGGGGGGUUGUGGGUGCUGAGUUCCUGCCAGCAGCAGACGUCAGCUUCGUGCAUCGCGGCCGGCCGGGACUACAGCGCCUGGCACCUGCUGCUGCGGGGCGCGGAGGUGAACGCGGUAGUGGGCGGCCGUGCCUCGAUGCACGACAGCGUGGCCGCGCCCCGCGCCGAUUACGCCUGCCUGGUCCUGGCCUUCGGCGCCGACCCCAACCUGCCGAGUGCCGACGGCGCGGCCCCGCUGCACCGCGCGCGACAGCCUCCGGUGCACGCAACAGAGAGAACCCCACCUCGUCUGCAGGGCCAGGGGUCUUUGGGGGGGUUCUCAGCCCCGUCUCACCCACAUUCUCCGCCAGGUGUGGAGCUGCUGCUGGCGCACGGGGCACGGGUGAACCUGGGGACGCGAGACCGGCAGCUGACGGCGCUACAUGGCGGCAUGGUGGCCUACGUGGAGCUGUACCUGGAGCACGGUGCUGACCCAGCGCGCCGCAGCCGCCAAGGCAAGAUCUCCCUCAAAGCCACCUGUGCCGCCGCCGAGCACCCCAAGGACGCUGAGCGCUACUACCAGGUGGCUAAGCAGUUGCUGGCAGUGGGGUCCGACUCCAGGGCCGCCAGCCGCAAGGACCUCAUGCUGCUGAAUAACGCCUGUAACGGACAGGCGUGGUUACUGCUGCACCACGGGGCUGAUGCCACUGUCUCCAACUGCGCUGGCUAUACCCCCAUGGACUGUGCUCUCCACGCUGUCGAGGAGUACCAGCAUCAGCAUCCUGAGGAAACCAUCGCCCUCCUCAACCACGGCGCUGGCCCAGUUCACCGUGGGCAAUCGGGGGUGGAGGGUGACAGGGGUACUGUAAUAGUGACCCCUGCCUCGGUGACAGAGCUCUGUCAACAGAUGCUCAAGUUCUGCUGCCGGCACCCGCUGGUACUGGAGCUACAUCUACGACUGCAUUCCCCCUGUCGAGAGCUGGGUGGAGGCCAUGCCUCCAGGGAUGUGGGAGGUAAGGGGGUGCAGCAUGCUCUGGCCUGUUCCCCCACCCCAGCGUGCUCACCCCUGUGUCUGUCCCCUCCCUCUCCAGGAACACCAGGAUUUCUAUGCCUUGGCGGUGCACAUGGUGGGCACCAUCCAGCUGCCCCUCGAGGGGCCCAUCUCCUGAGGGUGGCCCCCAUGGCCCGCCUCCCCCCGGAUAGGAGUGACAAGGGGAGGCCGGCAGCUCCAUGUCACCCCGUGGCUUCCUCUUCGCCUGCGUCAUGUCCCUCCCCAAGCACCUCGAUGCGAAUAAAAGACCUGGCAGAGGUGGCUCUCGAUGUGGCUCCCUCCCGCGAGGCCUGGCAGGAGCCGCGGACACCGCACGGGGCAGGAGGGGAGGGCACAGCCUGUCACGGGGGAAGGUGA